AGGCACUCCCCUCGUGUUAUCGAAACCUAAAUAUUUUCGAACCGUGCACGGUGAAUUGUAAGAUCUGUUGUACUUUUUACAUUUAUUUCGUUGUGUAAUUUUUUUUUUCGUUCGUUUGUGUGCGUUAUUACAAACGUUUUUGUAUUAUAUUUUCCUGUUUCUCGCACACGGUCGCCUGCGCGCGCGCACUCACUCACACAAAUACGCAAACACAAACACACGCACACACACAGACACACACACACACGCGCACACAUACACAGUCUUUCUGCCCUCGCACAAACCGCCAGUUUUUCGUUUACCCGACCCGUUGGACGCGACCCUCACAUGUUCGACAUCAGGUCGGUGCGAUACCGUCGUCGUUUCAUUUCGUUGGCUACAUGUAAACGGGCUUAGACUGCUUGGAGAGAUGCUGGAAUCGUAAGAAAUGAGUAAGUAGAUAAUUAUUAUGUACCACUGAACUCCGGGAUACAACUACACAUUAUUUGUUGAAGAAUUGCUCUAUAAAUGCUAUGAUUAUAAAUCAUAAUUAUCUUAAAAAAUAGAAUGUUUUUAUGAUCAAAUGAAACAAUAUAUAAUUAAAUACCAUGAAUAUGGAUAACAUGCAAGAUAAGCUUCAACAUCCUAUGAAUAACGAAGAAUACUUAAACGGGCCUAGUACCAAAAAUAAUGCAUAUAAUCAUUCAAGAGACUCAACAUUGUCGGAUACUUUAGAUUUAGGGCCACUCCCUCCAAAAUGGGAAAAAGCCUAUACCAAAAAUGGCGAAGUUUAUUUUAUUGAUCAUAAUUCUAGUACAUCACACUGGUUAGAUCCGAGGUUAUCAAAGUUUCAAAAGAAACAGUUAGAAGACUGUUCUGAUGAUGAACUACCCUAUGGUUGGGAAAGGAUUGAUGAUCCACUUUAUGGUACAUACUACAUUGAUCAUGUGAAUAGACAAACACAAUAUGAAAAUCCUGUGCUUCAAGCUAAAAAUGCUAUACAGGGAGAUCAAAUUGAUGAGCAACAAGAUAAUAUUCCAAAUUAUACUUCAAAUAGUUUUGAAAACAUUAACUCAAUAAAACAAGAUUCUGGUAUCAGUAGUAAUAUAUUUACUACCAAUCCACACAAACUAGUUGGAGAACGGAUUCGUUCAACUCUUGUAAAAUCAAUCCGUGGAUUAGGAUUUACUAUUGUUGGAGGAGACGAUUCUAAAGAAGAAUUUCUUCAAAUUAAAUCUGUUGUGCCAAAUGGACCGGCAUGGUUAGAAGGAAAAUUACAAACAGGAGAUGUGCUGGUAUAUGUCAAUGAUAAAUGUGUACUUGGAUACACACAUCAUGAUAUGGUUAGCGUAUUUCAAGGCAUCAUCCCAGGUGAAACUGUAUGUUUAGAUGUAUGUAGAGGUUAUCCUUUACCAUUUGAUCCAAAUGAUCCAAAUACAGAAGUUGUUACAACUGUUGCAGUUGGAAAUUCGGACCGGCAAUUAGAUGAUCUAUCAUAUGUUGAUAGAGAACUAUACAUGAUGAAAGUUGAUAAUAGAUCUACAUCUAAUGAAUUAUGUAAUCAGUCUGUCAAGUCUAUGCCUGAUUUGUAUGCUUCUGAAGAAAUUAUGAGUAUUGCCAGACCAAAUAGUACAGAUCUUAUCUUAGAAGAGCAUAUGCCUGCCCCAUUAUACCUAACAAUGGCAAUAGUAAAAGGUGCAAUGGGUUUUGGAUUUACUAUAGCAGACAGUGCUCAUGGACAAAAGGUUAAAAAAAUACUGGAUAAACAAAGAUGUCAAGAGUUAAUGGAAGGUGAUAUUCUUAUCGAUAUAAACAAUAUAAUUGUGCGUAACAUGUCUCAUAAUAAAGUAGUUCAAGUAUUAAAAGACUGUCAAACCAAUGAAUCCGCUGCUAUUACUAUACAACGGUGCAUUCUAAAUUCACCAGAUAAAUUCCGUGUCAAAAAUAAAAAAGGAGAUAUAAAAAAUAUGUAUAGAAGUAAAACUCCAACGAUUGAUUCAUAUGGUGAUCGAACACAUGAAAUCAACAGACCCAAAACGCCAAUCAUUGAUAAUAGAACACAAGUUUCUAACAUUCAAAAUAACAUACAUGAAAAUGGAUCAUCUGAUCCUUAUGUAAUGAAUAGUAUGCCACUUGAUGAAUAUUGUCAUAGAGGUGAUUCAUGGAUGCAUGUAAGUUCACCAUCAACCCAAAUGUUUCUUCCUCCAUCAAUAUAUAAUGGAGUGAUUGAUCCUUCUACUGGACAUUAUAUUAACCUACAGCCUAAUCAUUCUAAUGGACUUUAUAUGAAUUCACAAUCUGAUCAUUAUUCUAAUCAUUUAUCUAAAUCAAUUCAAAGUAUGAGCUUUGAACAUUAUGAGAUGAAUGCGUCCAAAAAUGAAGUGAGGUAUUUACAUAACAACAAUGAAAUAAAUGAAAUUGAUCAACUUAAUAAUGAAAAUUUAAAACAAAAUAUCAGUUAUGUUACUCUACAAAGACAAGAAUCUGGUUUUGGAUUUCGAAUUGUCGGUGGAAAAGAAGAAGGCUCGCAGGUAUCAGUUGGUCAUAUUGUUCCUGAAGGAUCUGCUGACUUAGACAGAAGAAUAAUGACUGGAGAUGAAAUAAUAAGUAUUGAUGCUCAAUCUACUAUAAAUACAUCUCAUGAUUAUGUUAUUAAUUUGAUGGGACAAGCCGCUCGUAGUGGUCGAGUAACUUUGGGUAUUCGGCAUAAAUCCAAUUUAAAGCCCAAUUAUAUAUCAAAUUCUACAAAACAACAUCUUGAUAUUGAAUAUCCUUACGAUGUAACAUUAACUAAAAAAGAUAAAGAAGGAUUUGGAUUUGUAGUAAUUUCAUCAUUAAACAAAGGACCCACUAUUGGUCGAAUUAUUGAAGGCAGUCCUGCCUUUAGAGAUGGCCAAAUUCAUUUAGGAGAUCAUGUCCUUGCUGUCAACAAUACGAAUAUAACUAACUUGUCGCAUGGAGACAUAGUAAACAUGAUUAAAGAUUCUGGUUCAACAGUUACAUUAACCAUUGGAACGCCUAAUGAUGAUACUGCUAGCACAGUUUCUCUACCAAUGUCAAACAAAGACCAAGAUUUAGAAGAAGAACAAUAUCAUGCGGUUGAAUUAACGAGAGGGCCUCAAGGAUUUGGUUUCAGUAUAAGAGGUGGUCGUGAAUUUCAAAAUAUGUCUCUAUUUGUGUUACAAAUUGCAGAGAAUGGACCUGCAGCUAUCGAUGGGCGUUUAAGGGUAGGAGAUCAUAUUAUAGAAAUCAAUGGAGUCAAUACUAAGAACAUGACACACGCUGAAGCCAUAGAAAUUAUCCACAGUGGAGGAUCGUGUGUACGACUUCUUAUUCGUCGUGGAACCCGGGUGCCACAACUACCUUCUGAAGAAGAAAUGUUUACAUCUGCUAAUAUGAAUCAAUCUGUGAUUAAUUUAGAUAAUAAAAUGAAUAUGUCUCAUUCUAUAUCCUCACUACAGUCCAAUUCGAGAGCCUACUGGGAUACAAAGUAUAUGUGCUCAAACUGAUUAUCAGGAACUGUUCAAAUUGAUAAUUAUAUUUUUAAUUGUAAAAGUUAUUAUAAAUAACAACUAUUUUUAUUAUUAUUUAUUUAUUUUUAUACUUUUAAAAAGUAAAAUUAAUAUUAUGUCAUUAUAUAAUUGCAUUCCAUAAUGUUUUAGAUACUAUAACUUCUUAUUUUAAGAAAAAAAACUGUAUUAACACAUGUAUCUUAUGUUAUCAAUUUUUUUAAACAUGGUAACUUUCCUUAAAAAUACAUUUCAUAAUAUUUUUUAUUAUUUAGCACCCAUUUGUUAAAUUUUCACCUACUAUACCUAACAUCACUACUUAACUCAAUUAUUGAAUCUCAUUUUUUCAACCAGUAUUUUUUUCUUGAGUAGUGAUGUAAAAUGCCAUAGAGAUGAAUUCAAAAUUAAACAUUUUUUAAACUUUAUAAUAUUUGGUGCUAAAUUUAAAUAUCAGUUUCACGUGCCUGAAUCAAAUGCCAUAAUUUUUUCAAUAUUUAUUUUAUAGAACAGAACUGAGUAAUUUGUACAUAACAUCUAAAAGAUCUAUCAAUAAUUUGUUAUAUUUUCUAAAACCACAAAAACAAUCGGAUAGGUAAUUAUAUAGUUUAAUUGCGAUUAAUGUCCAUAUAAUAUUUACUUGUUCCGUGUUAUUUAUAGUUUAUUAAGAAAACUACACCAAAUAUUUUAUCAUAGUAACAAAACUCAUGACAUGUUAUGAACAAUAAUUAUGUAAUUUUUUUUUAUCUUUAAUGUAUGUAAAUCAGUAUAUUUUUUUUAAUUUAUCAUUUUAAUCUCAAGUAUUUAUUUAGCAACUAUCAAUUUAUUAUUUGAUACUAUUAUAUUACAUUUUUUUUUUUUACUAUAAUUUUUAUUGUCAAGCAUGCCCUCAUAGAAUGUAAUUUUUGCAAAUAAUAAAGAUAUGUAUACUUGGUUUUUAAUUUAUUAAAACCAAAGUUAAUUAUGAAUAAA